AUGGGUACAAGUUACCUUAAUUAUACAAAUGCCCUAUUAUUGACAUUAAAGAUAGAACAUGGUUAUACUGAAGAGAAAAAACCUGAUAAUCCCGUGAGAGAGAAAGAAUUAUAUAUACAAUUUAAGAGAAAGAAUUAUAAAUUAACUAUAUAA